AUGCAUAACAAUAGGCUGAUAAGGAGGACAGGAGCGAAAGAAUGAAAGGCAACUUUGGAAGAUGCUAUAAGAAGGUGCAACUUGAAGGAAAUUACGAAUAUACUGGAAACCGAGACACAUAGGACGAUGGAAAUUAUACAGAUGGUCGUUAGAGGGCUGAAACAGCUUACUCGCCAACAUGUGUCUUGAUCAAUUCCAAUAUGCACAUGGCAAUUGGUGCCAUGCACAGGCUGAGAGCAGGUUUUAAUAGCAGUAACCGCUGCGCAUACAGGAGACACCUAA